UUCGCAAACUAACUUUCACUCUGUUGAAACAUCUGUACUUGAGAAACUGUGGAAUGGUAUUUAAACAGUUGUAUCCCAUGUAGUCCGCUUCUUACUCACAGCAAUUACGAUUAAACGUUUCAAAACAGAAACAUUUGUAUUUUACCGUGGUCAAUCAUCAUUGAUGUAGCUAAACAGGGCUUUGAGUCGAUCGUCGAUUGAAUCGCUCACACAGUACAGCGAGUUGUGACAGUGCUGAACUAGAGAACUGUCAUCUGAAAAGGAGUGUGCUGCUGAGUGCUCGCUCUUUUCGAAUAGUAUCAACAAGACAGAGAUACCCGGAAGGCACGAAAGUUAAUUCAGGGGACUAGAAUGAAUCGUUUCAAGACCUCCAAAUUCAAAAACACCACCCCGAAGAUCGCCAAGAAAGAUGGCUGGAUCAGUAAUGUCCGGGCAGGAUCCUUCACCUCUCAGGGGAACCACAUCAAAUCCAGCACCAGGCUUGUGGCCUUCAACACUGACCAGGCCGGUGGAGGAAUGCUCGGCCUCACCUCUGUGGAACCAGGGUCUGAUGGCAAGUGGACAGUGACUGUGAUCCCAUGUCAUGCUGAUCUGGUAACUGAUUUGGACUUCUCUCCGUUUGAUGAUAAUCUCCUGGCUACCUGUUCUGCAGAUGAAACGGUGAAGCUGUGGCGUGUGUGUGAACCAGAACAAGAGCAGCCCGGGGGGGCGGAGGUGACCCUGUGUCCCGGAGAGGGUCGUCUGGAGCUGGUCGCCUUCCACCCCACCUCCUCUGGCCUGCUGGCUGUGGGCUCCACCAAGACAGCCCAGCUCUGGGACACCAGCCGCCAACAAUCACCGCUAGCAGCUCUGGAGCCGCACGGUGAUCAGCUGCAGAGUCUUAGCUGGAAACAGGACGGCUCCCUGCUGGCUUCCUCCUGCAAGGACAAAAAGCUGCGAGUCUUUGACCCAAGAGCCCAGCUGACACCUGUUCAGAGUGCCCAGGGACUUCAGAGUAACAAGGACUCUCGAAUCCUUUGGGUCAAGGACUCUGACCACAUACUGACCACUGGCUUCGAUCAGAUGCGGGGUCGGGAGGUGAGACUGUGGGACAGCAGGAAGUUGGGAUCCUCUCUGGGCUCUGCCAACCUGGGCACCUCCAAUGGGACCCUGAUGCCUUUGUUUGACCCUGACUCAGGCCUCCUCACAGUAUCUGGGAUGGGAGAUAGUGUCAUUGACUGCUUCGAGGUGUCUGCCACUGAACCAUUCCUUUCCCAAGUGAGCCACUGUCUGACGGACGCCCCAACGCGAGGCGUUGCCAUGGUACCCAAGUUGGCAUUGGAUGUCAUGUCCUGUGAGGUCAUGCGGGUCCUGCAGCUGACGGACAGCUUCAUCGUGCCAAUCAACUACCACGUGCCCCGCAAGUCAGGACAGGAGUUCCAUGCAGACCUGUACCCAGACACCUUGGGCCGGACGGCAGCCAUGUCAGCUGCAGAGUGGUGGAAAGGUGGCGAGAAACAGGUUGAGAAGGUCAGUGUCAACCCAUCCAAUCGUCAGAAGCCUAACAACGCUAAGCCAGCCAAUCAGACGCCUGCUAAGAAAGAGCUGCCCAGUGGGAGGAGCAAAGAGGAGGCUCCAGUGCGAGGCUGCUCCACCUCCAGCAGUCCCCUGAUCCCCAGCAGCAGUGCUGCCCCGUCCCGCUCCCCCUCCUCCACCUCUGGCCUCUCCUCAGGCUUCCUCCCCAGCCCCAGCCAGAGUGGCAAAGCCAUCAGCAGCAUGUUGGGUCCCAGCAGUAAGUUUCGUCACCUGCAGGGUGCGGUGCUUCACAGAGACACCCACUUCACCAACCUGAAGGGGCUCAACCUCACCACGCCCGGGGAGUGUGAUGGCUUCUGUGCCAACCGACAUCGCGUGGCCGUGCCCCUCGCCACCGCCGGGGGUCAGAUCGCCAUCUUUGAGUUGUCUCAGGCUGGGAAGCUAGCGGACACGGGCCUGCCCACCAUCCAGAACUCUGUCAACGUGGCUGACUUCUCCUGGGACCCCUUCAACAGUCACAGGCUGGUGGUGGCGGGCGAGGAUGCUAAGAUCCGUGUGUGGCAGGUGCCUGAGGGGGGUCUGACAGAGACCCUGACUGAGCCAGAGACCAUCCUGCAGGGCCACACUGAGAAGAUCUACUCAGUCAAGUUCCACCCCCAGGCGUCGGGCCUGCUGGCAUCCUCCUCCUACGACCAGACGGUGCGCCUGUGGAACCUGGAGUCUGGGGACGAGGUCAAAGUGCUCCGGGGACACCAGGAUCAGAUAUUUGGGAUGGCGUGGAGUCCGGAUGGUAAACUCCUGGCCACGGUGUGUAAGGAUGGGAAACUGCGCAUCUACGACCCUCGCAAGUCUGCUGACCCAGUACAGGAGGGUGCAGGUCCUGAGGGCCACAGAGGGGCUCGUGUGGUGUGGGUGUGUGACGGCAAAUACCUGAUGGUGUCAGGAUUCGACAGUCGCAGUGAGAGAACCCUGUACCUGCACUCCGUUGAGUCCCUGUCCUCCGGGGCCAUCGCCAGCGCCCCCACCGACGUCUCACCCUCCACCCUCAUUCCCUUCUACGACCCCGACACCAGCGUCGUCAUCCUCACCGGAAAGGGUGACACGCGAGUGUACAUCUUUGAGAUAGUCCCAGAAGCUCCCUAUUUCCUGGAAUGUGCCAGCUUCAACUCCUCAGAGCCCCACAAGGGCUUGGCCUUCCUGCCGAAGACUGAGUGUGUGGUGCAAGAGGUCGAGGUGGCCAGGGGUCUGAGACUCAGUAAGACCUCCAUAGAGCCAGUGGCCUUCAGAGUCCCCCGCGUCAGAAAAGAGUUCUUUCAGGAUGAUGUGUACCCAGACACAGCAGUGUGGUGGGAGUCCUCUCUGACAGCCUCAGCCUGGCUGGCUGGUUCUGAUGGGAAGCAUCAGUCCAUCAGCCUCAAGCCCAAAGACAUGACCCCAGUGAGUGAGGCGCCCAAGGAGGUCCAAGUGAGAAAGUACCUUCCAUCCUCUCACUACCUGGAGGAGAAGACUGACGAGCAGAAGAAAGAUGAGCUGUUGAGUGCCAUGAUAGGCAAGCUGGGGAACAUGGACGACAACCCUCUACCACAGGAGUCCUUCCAGGGAGUAGAAGACGAUGAGUGGGGUGACUAGUGUGUGUUGCCUUGCGGACCAAUCAGGGUCCAGCAGUAGCCAAGGGCCUGUUGGACUGAAACGUGUCAUUCCUGUGUGCCACUGAUGUGUCCUAUGUCAAAAGAACAUCUCUCAAACGCAUAACAUUAACCUGUCAUUAGGGUUGUAAAAUUCUGUCAACAAAAUGUCUAGGUUUUCCAGAAAUACCAAUUGGAGAAUUCUUGGAUUUCCUGCUUGUUUUCCUGGGAAUUUUAGGGAAAGUUACCAGACUUUUGCAGCCCUACCUCCCAUAUCCUCGUAUCAUCCUCUAAUACUCUGAGUAAGUAGAUGUUGCCUCUAACCAUUGACUGAAUCAGGAUCAGAUAUGUUUUCCUCCCCAUAAUGUUUAAAGGUAGGACUGGGGUUUGGGAAUCUGAUCCUAGGUCUGUUGUUAAAGGCAACCUCACCCCAAUUUGACCUUUGACUUGCAGCUGCCUUGUACUGUAAAUAGCUAACAUUCCUACCAGGCUAGAUAGUUAAAUGACUCCCAACACUCCCUUACAACCCAGCCCUUACCGCCACAAUGGAUGGACACCUGUGUGUCUGUCACCACUCCUAACCUUACACCUGUGUGUCUGUCACCACUCCUAACCUUACACCUGUGUGUCUGUCACCACUCCUAACCUUACACCUGUGUGUCUGUCACAACUCCUAACCUUACACCUGUGUCAUAAUAAUAAUGACUAGACCACUGCUUGCUUUUUUAUGGGCCAAUAUGAACCAUAGUCCAUAAUCUUCUAAACACAGUAACUAUGAAAAGCUCAAACGCAUGCACCUGAAUACAGUAUCUAUGGUCUUCCAGAUUUACCACCUCCUUGCAUCACUAUACAUUAACACACACACACACACACACAAAGACUCACACUCCACCUGGAUAUCCCAUCUGCACCUCCAGCUCCUGUAGUCCGUGGAUGUUGGAUGGUCUGUGGUAUCCCCAUACGAUCUCAACAACACACAGCAAAAACACACAGACAGGGUACAACAGGGUAAACAGCCUUCAGGUUAAAGCAUGGCUGGCUUCUAUUGAUAGGAAUAGAAUAGUGUUUUGUUGUUUAGGUAGCUUCAUUCUCUGGCCAGUGAUAAAGACCUACUAACAGUCCUGUACCACUCCAGGGUCGUGUUCAUUAAUCACCAAACGGACGAAAACAACCUCAAACAGGGAGGGAUUACCUGGAUUUUUGUUUUCCGUUGCAAAGCAUUUCAAAACGUUUUCCGUUGCGUGCCGUAAUGAACGUGACCCAGGUGCAUAUCUUAGUUCAGCCAGCAGAUCUUGGGAGAUAGUUUAUAGCAUCGGGGCUGCGCUCUGUUUUGGGGGACUCUUAAAAUGUGUGUGACGUUCUUACAUGUGGGUGUCAUGUAUUGAAAAGCCAAAACACCCCCUGUGGGAGUUGUACAGGAGUGUGUCUGUGGAUCUCUGAGGUUGUAAUGUGGUGGGAAGUAGUAUGUAUCUGUACCUUUCUUUCUACAUUGAUAGACUGUAUAACUGGAAUUCCUGUACCUCAUAUGUUAACACUUCGUCUUAAGACUGUUAUUGAAGUAUUCCUCACUAAAGGAGUUCAUUCUUUUAUUAUACUGUAGUAAACAAUCAUUUUGUUACUUUUUCUUAAUAACUUACAGUAUUAUUACUAUAUGAUGCAAUCACAGCAGCCAUGAUCAAGACUAGUACAGCACAAGGCAAUACUUUUAAUAGUCUAAUCCAAGUCUGAUCGAACCAAUCAUGUUGUUUACAAUGACAGAAAGACUGGAACCAACCAAGCAUUCUUGAAUAGUAGUCAGACUCACUGAGUUUACACAGGCAGUACAAUUCUGUCAUGUUUUUUAAUUGGUCUUUAAACCAAUCAGAUAAGAGCUUUUUGCCAGUACCUGGGCAAAAUAUCAGAAUUGGGCUGCCUGUGUAAACGCAGCCAUUGUGGAGUACUUGAAAAGGGAACAGACACCAAUGCAUUGACUGUAGGGCCUAGAUAUUGUUGGUGUCAGUGAUUGUGUGUUUGUCAUGUGUUUUGUGCCUGCAAUCUCUCAGAUGUCUUACAUUGUUCUUUGGGAAAUUAACAAAAAGAAAAAUCUCUUUUAUACUUUGAAUAAAGCAUUAUUUCUCUGUCCGUCUUAUGAAUAAUGGUUUUGUGGGAAUGUUCAUGUUGCCUUGCAAUAAACAACUGUUUGAACCUUGUA